AUGGCGACCAAUCAAGCCGGUGCAGCAAGUGGAGCAGCUCAACAGCAGCCGAACUUUCCGGAUGCCAUUUUGCGGAUCCUGAACAAUCAACACACGCUCAUAACGCAGUUGUCGCAGCAGAUAUCAGCCACCCAGACUGCCAUCACGAAGUUGUCCUGCAAUGAAACCGUACUGGAUUCCCUCUCAAGCAACAUAGCGGAAUUCGUAUACGAGAAAGAGAGCGGGCACACAUUCGACGCGUGGUUUUCCCGCUACACCGAUCUCUUUGAGAAGGACGCCGCCAAAUUGGAUGACGCUGCUAAGGUUCGACCCCUCCUACGGAAAAUGAGCCCACCGGACCACGAGCGCUACCACAGCUUUAUUUUACCAAAGCUCGCUCGUGAGUACACCUUCGCCGAAACGGUAGAAAAAUUGAAAUCACUGUUCGGUGCGUCCACUUCAAUCUUUCGUCGACGGUACAACUGCCUCCAGACAACCAAGGAGGACAGUGAGGAUUAUCUCGCCUACUCGUGCCGGGUGAAUAAGUCCUGUGUUGACUUCAAACUGUCAGAACUUACUGAAGAACAAUUCAAGUGUCUGACGUUUGUGUGUGGCCUCAAGUCCAAGCAAGACGCCGAGAUCAGAAUGCGGCUAAUCAACAAGCUCAAUGAAGCUGCGUAUCUUACUCUUCAACAAGUAGUUGAGCAAUGCAACAACCUCGUCAACCUCAAGAUGGACACUGUAAUGGUAGAAAACCCAUCGGGAGUGAAUUUCGUUGCUCACAACCAGAAGAACAGGCGUCGAUCAACCAGCAGCACUCCCUCGCACGAUCAGCCCAGAACACCCUGUUGGUCCUGCGGAGGGAUGCACUUCAGCAAAGAUUGCCGUUUUCACGAUCACAAAUGUCGCGACUGCGGUAAGCAAGGUCACCGAGAAGGGUACUGCGCAUGUUUUUCAUCGAAGUCGGCAGCGAGCGGUUCGAGAAAGCAGCUAACGAAGAAAAUCAAGAUGAAGAAGAAGCGUGAGCAGUCAACAAAGACGGUGACAGUUCGGAACAUUCGUCAGGGUCGAAAAUUCAUCGAAGUCCAACUCAACGGUGUCCCUCUCCGACUGCAGUUGGACACUGGGUCGGACAUAUCCAUCAUUUCGCAUCAGUCGUGGGUCAAACUUGGUCGUCCGAAAGUACUGCCAGCAAGUUGUCGAGCAAAAACAGCGUCCGGGGAGCCGCUGAAACUUAUUUCAGAGCUGCAGUGUAGCAUCACCCUCAACAACAUCACCAGAGAGGGCAUCGAUAUGAUGGACCAGUUCGGUCUGUGGAACCAACCGAUCACGGCGUUCUGCAACCAAGUUACUAGUCAGCAGACCCAAGACGUUUCCGACCUUCGGGCCCGGUUUCCCGACGUUUUUACCACGAAAAUGGGCAUGUACAACAAGACGCCGGUAAAGCUGGUGCUGAAGGAUGAUCCCAAGCCGGUGUUUCGACCAAAACGGCCGGUGGCUUACAGCAUGGAGAGCGUCGUGGAAGAGGAACUUCACCGGUUGGAAAGCCUUGACAUCAUCAAAAAGGUUGACUUUUCCGACUGGGCAGCACCAAUAGUCGUUGUGCGGAAGCCUAACGGGACGGUCCGCAUAUGUGCGGAUUAUUCGACGGGGUUAAACGCAGCACUAGAGCCGAACUGCUAUCCGCUCCCUCUACCCGAAGACAUCUUCACAAAGAUGGCCAACUGCCGGUACUUCAGCCACAUUGAUCUGUCGGACGCCUACCUCCAGGUCCAGGUCGAUGAGGCAAGCCAACCACUUCUUACAAUCAACACGCAUAAAGGCCUCUACCAGUUCACCAGACUGUCACCCGGCGUCAAAUCAGCUCCGGGAGCGUUCCAGCAAAUAAUGGAUACCAUGCUUGCUGGUCUGGAAUGUACCUCUGGUUAUCUGGAUGACAUCCUGGUAGGGGGCCGAACGUUGGAGGAAUAUCGUCGGAACCUGUAUCGGGUCCUCACUCGCCUGCAGGAAUUUGGGUUCACCGUACGCAUUGAAAAAUGCAGUUUCAACAUGCGCCAAGUGAAAUAUCUGGGUCAAAUUCUCGAUGGAGAUGGCAUUCGACCAGACCCGGAGAAGGUAGCAGCAAUUACCAACAUGCCACCCCCGCACGACGUUUCUACACUUCGCUCGUACCUAGGUGCCAUUAAUUAUUAUGGCAAAUAUGUAAAGGAAAUGCGCACUCUUCGGCAGCCGCUAGACCAGCUGCUGAAAGCGGACACCAAGUUCGAGUGGUCGUCCGCCUGCCAAAAGUCAUUCGAUCGCUUCCGGGAGGUUCUUCAAUCACCGUUGCUUCUGACGCACUACAACCCUAACAUGGAAAUCGUCGUGUCGGCGGAUGCAUCAACGGUCGGGCUGGGAGCCCGCAUCGCCCACAGAUUUCCCGAUGGGUCCAUCAAAGCCAUUUAUCACGUGUCCCGUAGCCUAACCCCAGCCGAAAGCAACUACAGUCAAGUCGAAAAGGAGGGCUUGGCACUGGUGUUCGCAGUGACGCGGUUUCAUAGAAUGCUGUUCGGUCGUCGAUUCACUUUGGAGACCGAUCAUAAACCGCUCCUGCAGAUAUUUGGCUCAAAGAAAGGUAUUCCCACCUACACCGCUAACAGGCUCCAGCGGUGGGCCUUAACCUUUCUCCUUUACGAUUUCGAAAUCCGCUACAUCUCUACGGAUAGCUUCGGUCACGCGGACAUACUCUCCAGACUCAUCAACCGUCACGUGCGACCAGAAGAGGAAUACGUGAUUGCCAAUCUCCAACUGGAACACAGCAUUCGCACCGUCAUCAACGAGUCGCUGCAGGUUUUCCCGCUCUCGUUCAAGGCCAUCCAGAGCGGAACCAAAAGCGACGCGAAUUUGCAGCAAAUCAUUCGUUUCGUCAACGAAGGCUGGCCGUCGAAGAAGACCAGCAUUACCGAUCCCGGAAUCCAACAAUUUUAUCAACGUCGGGAGUGUCUCUCCGUCGUAGCUGGAUGCCUACUCUAUGGUGAAAGGUUGGUCAUCCCGCCAACGUUCAAAAAGCGCGUUCUCCAACAGCUGCAUAAAGGACACCCCGGAGUUGAACGAAUGCGUUCCGUCGCUCGUCAAUAUGUUUACUGGCCAAACAUCGACGACGAGGUAGCGAAGCUUGUCGCUUCGUGCAACGAGUGUGCCAGCGUAGCUAAGACAGACCGGAAGACUACCAUGGAAUCCUGGCCCGCACCGGAGAAACCGUGGCAACGGUUACAUCUGGAUUACGCCGGUCCGCUGGAUAGGAACUAUUUUCUCAUUCUGGUGGAUUCGUUCACCAAAUGGCCAGAAGUCGUACGAACCAAGGAGAUCACCACCACAGCAACCUUGCGAAUCCUUCGUGGCAUCUUCGCAAGAUACGGUCAGCCGGAAACAUUGGUCACAGAUAAUGGGACACAACUCACCAGCGACCGGUUCGAAUCAUACUGCGACACGAACGGUAUCGUUCACCUGAAGACAGCGCCAUUCCAUCCACAGUCAAAUGGACUAGCAGAGAGGUUUGUCGACACGUUUAAACGGUCGCUCAAGAAAAUCACCGCAGGGGGGGAAACCCUCGACGAAGCCAUCGAUACCUUCCUCCUGUGCUACAGAACAACACCCUGUCGCAGCGCACCUGGUGGGAAAUCUCCCGCUAACCUGAUGUAUGGACGCCCGAUCCGUACGUCUCUGGAAUUACUUCGCCCGCCUAAGCCGCUCUACAAGUUACCUAGUACUAAACAGGAAAAGCAAUUCAACCGGAAGCACGGCGCGAAAGCUCGAAGUUACGAUUCACAAGAUCUCGUCUGGGCUAAGGUCUACUCAGCCAACAAGUGGACCUGGCAGCCUGGCAUGGUGAUCGAGCGCAUCGGUCGGGUUAUGUAUAACAUCUGGCUGCCUGUGAAGCAAAAUCUCAUUCGAUCCCACUGCAACCAACUGCGGACUCGUCACGAAUCUGAAAUAAACGCAGAAGCUGAGACGACACCGGAAACUGCCCAAGUACCGUUGUCUAUUCUCCUGGACAGUUGGGGUUUACGUCCUACUCCUGAGCCGGAAGCUGAGGAACUCGACUUGCCAGCCGAACUCCAAGAAGAUCUGCAGCCACAGAUUAGUCGUCGACGUCAACGAGCCUCCCUUAGCACGCAACAGCAACAACCGAUUCUUACUCGUCAGUCUUCGAGAUCUCGAAGGCAGCCUGCGAGAGUGUAUGCAAUGGUUGAUAGUCAGGAUCUGGGACACAGAACAGCUACCGAAGAAGUGGAGCAAUCCAUCUGCACCAUCUACAAAAAAUGUGACAAGCUAGGUUGUGGGAACUAUCGUGCCAUCACGAUCCUGAAUGGUGCCUACAAAGUUCUGUGUCAGAUCCUCUUUCGCCGUCUAUCGCCAAUACACAUAAGGUCACGUGGGUUUUCCCGCGACGGCCGAACAGAAAACCAAAUCGACCACAUCUGCAUCAGCCGAAAAUUGAGAAGGAGUCUUCUUGAUGUACGCAACAAGCGCAGCUCCGAUAUUGCAUCAGAUCAUCACCUGGUCAUCGCUGAGAUACGCCUGCGUGUCGCUCGCGUUCAAAGGCGGUUGGAGAACCCUGAGGUGAAAAGGGUAUUUGUCGAACAACUUGUAUCACGAGCUUCGGAGUUGCCAGCUAGUGGGUCUGUUGAAGAGCUAUGGAGUAGCAUCAAGAAUGCCUUUAUCACAACCAGUGAUGAAACCCUCGGCAAAGUACGCAGCACGCGUAGGGAGUGGUUUUCAGAUGAAACCUGGAGGAUGAUCGACGAGCGAAGAGAGGCGAAAGCCGGCAUUGGGCGAGCGCGAACCAGAGCGGUUAAGACAGAUGCUCGUCAACGAUACACCAAACUGGAGAAGGCUGUUAAGAGGGCUUGUAGACGGGGCCAGAGAGCCUGGACCAACUCCCUAGCCGAAGAGGGGGAAACCGCCGCCGCCAAUGGUGAUAUCCGCCUGUUGUACGACAUUUCUCGCCGCCUUAGUGGGGUAUUGCACAAUGGUGUCUUGUCCGACCCAAUACGGGUUACUGCCGGUGUGAGACAGGACUGCAUAUUAUCACCGCUACUGUUCCCUAUCGUCAAGGACGAGAUACUAGUUGGAGCUAUUGACAGGAGACCAAACAGAGGAUUGUUUUGGAAUCUUUUAAGAAUGGAACACAUAAACGACCUGAACGACGACAUUGUUUUGCUCUCCCAACGUCGAUGUGAUAUGCAGAGCAAGCUAGACGACCUCUCGGAGAGCUCCCAAGCAGCAGGUCUCGCAGUAAAUGUCGCCAAAACUAAAUUCAUGGUAGUGAACACUGACAAUACCUCUAGCUUCACAGUAGCGGGACAAAAAAUUGAACAAAACGUUCCAAUAUUGGGGGCCAAACAACGCCGGAUGGUGGUACCAAGACCGAUAUAG